GUAAAAUUUCUUUGACGAACAUGAGUACAACGCAACAACCCAUGUCGAAAGCAUGGUCUAUUCUCAGUAGAGCUGUUCGAUCCAAAACCUAUAUUAGUAGUCUAUCUCUUACUGGAAUACCAAAGUCAGGCCUAUUCUUUCGCACAGAUAAGAGCGGCUUUAAGAUUCCGAAGUACCAAAAUACUUAUCGUUUGGAAGCUUACAAGCCUUUUAAUAGUGAAGUUGUUGAUAAGAUUUUAAUUGAUGUUAUGCAGGAUUAUUUAAUUGGUUUAAAAUAUCAAUCUCAAGUUUGCAUGCAAAUCUGCCAGAGAAUGUCAAAGGAAGUGCGCGAUAAAAUUUGUAGGGAGCUCUACGAUCGAUACAAAGUUGUGGUUAUUAUGUCGAUCGUCCAAAAAUUAGGACAAAACGUGCAAAUAAGUUUUGGUAAGUUAUGGGACGUUCAAAGAGACACGUACUCAACUCACGUAAUUGAGACUGCAGAAUUUGCUGCAAUGGGUCUCGUAGUGGGGACUUAUUACGAGUAAAUAAGUAUUAAAAAAAAAAAGAUCCAUGUGAGGGAUUUUGUGAUGAUGAGUAAUG